AUGACAUUGAAGCAAAUCUUCAACGAUCAGUACUAUGGGAAGAAUGAGGAGCUUGCUGAAGGAGAUCAAGAAAAGCCCAUAUUUAGCGACAUGGAUGAUUCAGAUGAUGAAACAAACAGUAGUGACUACGACAAUUUCCCUAUUUCAACUGCCGCUAAUAGUGCAAGCAAUGUUGAGCAGAGUAAAUCAAAUUCUAAUGAAAACGGAAAUGCGCAGAAUGGCGGGGGAACCUCCACGCGAGUGAAAGAAGAGUCGCGACGGAAGAGAAAGAGAAACAGUAGAUUUCGAGAAGCUGUGCAAAGAAAGAAACCACUGUUUGAUCCCAAAGCAAAAACUUUUGAAGAGUAUUUUAACGAGUAUUAUGCUCUGGAUUAUGAAGAUAUCAUUGGUGAUAAGUUGACAAGAUUCAAAUACAGACAAGUAGUUCCAAAUGACUUUGGGCUAUCUGUCGGUGAAAUUUUAUCUGCAGAUGACAGACAACUGAACGCUUGGGCUUCUCUUAAGAAGGCAACCGGUUAUCGAAGUGAACACGAAGAGUUGGUGGAGAAGAAACGCUAUGAAAGAAAAGCUGCUGAUGUGAAGAAGAAGGAAAAGAUCUUCAGCACCGAUUUCGGCGGAAAGAGGAGUAAAAAGCACAAAGAGGAAGAAGUUGCAGAGGAUGGGCUUGAUGAGGCACAUUCCAGUGGUGGUGUUAUGCAAGAAAAG